AUGAACGACCAACAAAUGCUGGCCGACCUUGAUCCCAGAGCGGGAACACUGGAAAGGCCAACCCCAACAGAAGACCUGCAUAAAAUCUAUUUCACAGAAAGCACGGACAAAUUCACAUACAUCGGUUCAACAUUAUCCUCAGAAGAAAAAUCCUCAUUUCGAGUAUUCUUACAGCAAAAUGCCGACCUGUUCGCUUGGACUCCAGCUGAUAUGCCAGGCAUUGAUCCAUCUAUCAUAUCGCACAAGUUGGCAUUAGACCCAUCUGUCCGACCAGUAACACAGAAAAAGAAGAAUCUCGGCCAUGACCGAAAACAAGCCUCCCUGGAAGCAGGGACGGAUCCAAGUGCAUUGGUGUGGGGCUUUAUGGAUGCAUAUUCUGGUUAUAACCAGAUCCAAAUGCAUCCCUCUAAUCAAAAUAAGACAGCCUUUAUUACUGAAUAUAGAAACUAUUGUUAUAAGGUCAUGCCAUUUGGCCUUAAGAAUGCAGGUGCGACAUAUCAACGUCUAAUGGACAAAGUCUUCACUAAACAAAUCGGCAGAAACAUCGAGAUCUACGUUGACGAUAUGGUCGCCAAGACAAAGAUCGGCAACAAUCACCUUGAUGACCUCGCAGAAAUCUUCGGACAACUAAGAAAAUACAACAUGCGGUUAAACCCCGAGAAGUGUGCAUUUGGGGUCCAGAGGGGCAAAUUUCUCGGCUUCCUACUCACUAGCCGAGAAAGGAAAAAGAAACAGGUUCCGAUCUAUUUUACUAGCAAAACAUUACAAAAUGCCAAGCUUCGAUAUCCGAGCAUUGAGAAGCUGGCCCUAGCCCUGGUCUUCUCCGCCAGAAGACUUCGACUAUAUUUUCAGAGCCAUGAAAUCCAUGUUCGGACAGAUCAUCCUUUGCGGCAAGUCCUACAGAAACCUGAGCUGGCUGGCCGACUAGUUAAAUGGUCGGUGGAGCUAUCAGAAUUUGAUAUCAAUACAACUGAAGACUACACCGAAUGGUCCUUAUACGUCGAUGGGUCCUCGAACCCACAAGGGUGUGGAGCAGGUAUCAUUCUCGAUGAUAACCACGGCAACGUCAUCAAACAUUACCUCAAUUUUUCAUUUAAAGCAAGCAACAAUCAAAGUGAGCAUGAAGCACUAAUUGCUGGCCUUAGACUCGCUGUCGACCUAAACAUCACCGAACUUAAGGUAUAUUGCGACUCCUUACUUAUCGUCCAGCAGCACAUACCAAGGGAGAGUAAUGGCCGAGCUGACAUUCUGUCUAAACUCGCCAACACUCAACCAAACAGGCCAUCACUUUAUCAGUCAACAUUGCUCAAGCCAAGCAUUGAAAUAACACAAAUCUUAAGUGUAACACAAGAAGCAGAUUGGAGAAUAGAGUAUCUCCGGACAGGGAUCUUGCCAGGCGAUGUCGAAAAUACUCGACACUUUCCGCCGACAGAAGGCGAGCUUGCACUUGCUGAUGUGCAUGAAGGGAUCUGUGGUACACACCUCGGAGCCCGAAGUGUGUCUUCAAAAAUCCUCAGAGCUGGAUUAUAUUGGCCGACAUACGACAGGAUUGUCAAGCAAAAGUUAAAAGCUGUAACAACUGCUAGAAACACAGUCCGAUCACACAUCUCACGGCCGAACUCCUACACUGUUCCGAGAGGCACAACCUCUAGCCAAGAUUACAUCACAACAAAUGCUUUCCUUUGUCUAGAAAUAUAUUAUUUGUCGAUUCGGCAUAACUCGAUUAUCACAGAUGGUCGCCAGUUUGCCGAUCAAAAAUUCACAUCCUUCUUGCAGAACUUGAAAAUCAAACAACACUUUUCAUCAGUAGAGCACCCACAAACAAACGGGUUAGCUGAAGCUGCAAAUAAAGUAAUACUACAUGAUCUAAGAAAGAAACUAGAUGAAGCAAAAGGCCUCUGGGUCGAGCUUAUCCCAGAGAUCAUAUGGGGAUACAACACCACUGUCCACUCAACAACAAAGGAGACACCCUUCUAG